CGCAUUUCUCGCUGAGGGCGGUGGGAAACACGGGUUACCAACCAAAUUGCAGACGACGCGGAGUUUGACCCAAGGAAAACGACUUCGAUGGCGACGUUCAACUUCAAGAAAAAGCACUUUCGACGUCGGAGGAAAUCUUCCUCAGAUGAUGAAGAGGGAAACAAACCCGAGGACGUGAGGACCAUAUUGGAGGAGACCAGAGAAGCUCAGAAAUUCAGACAAAGGCAACAUGGUGUCAGUGCGGCGAGUCUUGCAGUUGGGAAAAAAUUCAGCAAGGAAGAAGAAAUCGAUAAUGAUCCCUUCAAGCUCCGUACCGGUGGAAUGAUUAAUCUCAAAGAGAUUAAAGACAGAAAUCGGGACAGAUCAGAUGAAGAUUCCCGAGAUGUUCUAAACAUGGAGACUACCUUUGCAGCAGAGACCAACAGGAGAGAUGAAGAUGCCGAAAUGAUGAAGUACAUUGAAAAUGAGCUGGCCAAGAAGAAAGGCAGAGGCAGCGGCGAGACGGAGGGGAAAAAGAAGGAGGAAAAACUGAAGACUGCCGAGGAUAAGUUGUACGAGCUGCCGGACCACCUGAAAGUUGAAUCCAAGAAGAAAUCGGAGGAGAUGCUCUCGAACCAGAUGCUCUCCGGUAUCCCGGAGGUUGACUUGGGCAUUGAUGCCAAGAUAGCCAACAUCGAAGCCACGGAAGACGCCAAGCAGAAACACAUAGCGGAGCGGCGGAACAAGAAGAAAGACGUGACCUCCUUCGCUCCCACCAACAUGGCCGUCAACUACGUCCAGCAUGCCAGAUACAUGCAUGAGGAGUUGAAUCCACCCAAGCAGAGGAUAUCCAAGGUCGAGGAGCCCAAACCAAGGCCAGUCGUCGUCGGGGAUGCAGACGGACCUGCGAAACUAGCCCAGUCACCGCCAAGACGACCAAAACGCAGCAACCAGGAGAAGGCCACAGACGAUUAUCACUACGAACGCUUCAAGAAGCAACUCCGGCGAUACUGAAGGGAACAACUGGCUAGCUGAGGAAGUUUAGAGUGGGACGAGGGGAAGGCUAGGAGAGCUCUCGGAAGAAGCUAGCGAGAAUUUAAUCAAGACGACCACGGUGUGAUGUGUUGUACACUGUGCGAUGGCGUCAUGUGCAUCGGGGAGAUGCUUUCGGCACUAUGGGUGUCGAGAUCGCGCGAUGUGAUUCCACCGGGCCGAAUUUCCACACGGUCGUCGUGGACUUGCAGCCAGCAUCGGAAUGUGGAGAGGUAAAUGUGACGCGCGGCUAUAUCCUGCUCAUGCGCACCUCGCCAAAAGUUUAUCUCAGCAUAGGGAAAAUAAGCUCGUUUUACCUCGAGAGGUAUUGCAUGUUAAUGUCAGCCUGGGUCCACUUCCGUCUUGUUUUUAUCCCUUAAGGUUUGUGAAGUUGAUACCGUUGAUCCUUCACUUAUGGGUCACGCUUAAUAAUUAAAGUUGAAUAUCCUAUUUGGCGGUGGUGAACAUGGUGUAAAUAAAGUGUGAGAUUUUGCCGCCGUUUUUCUAAUCACUCGGAGUGACUCCAUUUAAUUUAUCCGAGGUACCACAGAAAUAAAAGACCGGUCCGUUUACAGCAUCUAGGUUAAUCCCCACCAACUGAAUUCAGUCCGGUGUGAUAACGAGAAACAUGCAGAGAAACCGUUCCCGAGCACAGCUGUCCUAAUAACGAGCAUUUUGGCCAGGGACGUUGUAGGAUUGUCCCCGGUGCGGCUGAAUGAAAGCGAGACGCCGAAUUGAUUUUUGGUGGCGUGGAUGAUUGCGGCGUGUUAGUUUACCCUAACGUUUAUCGCUUAUUGCCGCUCAGUGUCACGCUGCUUCCGCACCGGGAGCCAGGGACGACAUCGAGGAAAGUGAAUGGCUGAAUGGAUCGGGGAAGGAUGUGGUGUGAUGUCUGGUUUCUGUUGGCGGGUUGGUGUUUGGUUGGUCGGUUGGUAGGUAGGACGGUCGGUUGGGUGAUUCAAGUUGGUUGGUCGGUUGGUCAGUCGUUUGUUCGUCGGUAGGUUCCUUGGUCUGUUGGCUGGCUGACUUUGAGGCUGACUGGUUGGUUGGAUAGUAGGAUUACCUUUAAUGAGCAGAAUGCAUAGGCCUAGCCGAUUGGUUGGUUGAAAUAUUUUGCUCGGGUUAGCCGAUCGCUAUCCUUGCAGGAUUUGUUCAUUGGGGCUGAGUGUCACUUGAGGCAGACUGCCACUCCGCGUGCUAUCCAUUGAGCUCAGCCGGUAUGUAACUUUGUUUGGCUUUCAAGUCGGUUCACCAGUUUGCCCGUUAGCUUUCAAAUCCAGCCACGAUUUCCGAGCAGACGUCUCAAUUUUGCCCAUCUGGGAUUAAUGAUGGCAUCGCGUAAAGGUCGAGAACUGAGUCAAGGGUCCGUCUCACCUUGACAUUAUAAAAAGAAUGUUCGUCUUGAAAAGAUAAAUAGCUUUCAUGAUGCUCGUAGGUCUAGUUGGGAGGAUGGAUUUCCUUUUUCCGAGGCAAUUAAUCCCACUCGUGGUUAUAAGCAUUUGAUUCAUUUAUCCGUGAAGACAGGUCCUUCACGAUACUGGUUGUCCGUCGGAGAAAAUUGUCUGGAUGAGCGGGGGAGAGAUGGUUAUUCAGUAAGACGAUUUGUACUUCCUACAAAAGGUAUACUACACGAACCUGUCCUUUAUUGUCUCGUGUGGUGACGAUUCCAUUUCAUAAGAAUGUAUCCUUUUGAAAAAAAUGCCUGUUUGCCGUCAUUUAGAGGCAAAUUCAUAAAUCCAUACCUUCUGAACUUCUUGGGUUUGGCAGUUGCUUGCUAACGCACUGCAUAGUUUUAUUUCAGUGAAUACAGUGCUUCAACCACGGCACAAAAAUUGUCUCAUAUUUGUUUUGAAUCAACAGUCGUGGUGUCGCUGAUUAUGUCGAUUCUUCUUUGGUGUAGAGAAUACGGGCGAUUCACAAUAGUGCGCCUCCAAGAUUUGCAACCCGUGGACCAAUCACAGAGCGCGAAACCUGUCGACCGUUAUCAAACGCGCGUUGGGUCGACAGAUUUCGCGCACUGUGAUUGGUCAACGCGUUGCAAACUCUUGGAGGCGCACUGUUGUGGUGAAACCAGUGUGAGCGAUGCCGUGUUAUUCAUUUGAGCUUUGUAUUACUGUGAUGUGUCCAACCCUCCAUAUCACCAGCUUUUUUCCGCCCCCCUGUGGCUGUGCAGGCAUUCUCUACCUGUUCUGUCGAGCUGUUGUCAGCGAAGAGUAAUCAAGUUAAUUUCCGCUGCACACGGGUUCCUGAUUGCACACAAAGUCACGUUUUUCCCCUGACGAGAACCACCCGGUGUUGAUUAAACCGACUGCUUAGAAAUGAAUGUUAGUUCUUGGACGUAUAUGGGGAGCAUUUAUCCCUUUGGUCUGAGCGCGAGCCCCGAUUUAUAUCAGUCCGUCUAAGAGGAUCGAACGUUUUGUUUUUAUAACCUGGGUAGGUUGGAACUGGGACCUGUCUAAUCCGUUAAAUUAAUUCGUGAAAGUGCAUGUGGUUAUUUUGUGCCCGAGAAUUUUAAGGGCUCUGUUUUGUGUAACUGUUUGGCACACAGAUUUUUUUUCUGCGAACAGGAAAGGUAUGUUUGGUGAAGACAAGAAACCGACAAAAUUGCCGUGUUUGUGAUGAGUAAUUUUUGUUUGGCAAUGCCCUCUUUCGCUCAGAAAGUCUGUGCCAUUUGGCCUCGAGAGGCAACCGGAGAGAACUCUGUACGUAAUAUUUUUCAUUAAAGUAAAUGGUUCAUGGGCUGAAUGUACAUGUAUAGGGUAUUAAGGAAUAAUUUACAUAAGUUUUAUUUCAUAUUAAUAACCGUGCAAAAGCUUUGCCAAUAAUUGAAAUACUCUAUAUUCAGUAAUUAUAUUGUCGAUUAAUUGAAUACUUAUUUUCGAAAUUAAGUAUGCAGAAGUGAAAAUCAUUGAAGCAAAAAGGGGAAAAUUCAGUUAUUUGGUUACAAAAUUGACUUAUAAAAGCGUAACACAAAGGCAGUUAAUAUGCCCAAUAGCUAGGCCAAAAUUACUUUUCCUUCAAGGUUUUCCUUUUCAUUUUUUAUAUUUUUUCUGUGUGAGAAUUCGGUACCACUGAAAUUUCGAAUAAAAGAAUGGAAGAUCGAAUAUUCGACCACAGUUAUUCCAAUUGACAAGGCACAACAUUGUGUAUAAUGCACCAUGGUUUUCUUCAUCAAAUCAGAUGUUUGUAACUGCCACAGCAGUUCAUGGAAAUAAACACGGCAUAUACACAUAUUUCCGAUUUCCCAUGAUGAAGAUUUUGUGAAAAUCUGAUAUAGCAAUCCAGUAACAAAAUAUCACAUAAUAAUCAAAAUGAUGAAAAAAGUCAACGAGUUGGAAUCAGAUCAAUGUGGAGACGUCUUUGGUAAAUGGAAGACACUUAUGAUUGCACAGCUUUCAAAAUAAAACUUGUUUUGGAUGAUUUA